AUCUGAUGGAAAGUGGGGAUGUAGCGGUAUGCUUCUUGAAGUUCUUAUGAGAAACUUUCUCCUGCAAGCUAAUCUGACCGAAAAGAAUAUGGAGAGUUUGGUUUCAUGUGAUCUUGAAGUGAAUUAUAAUAAUAUGCACAAGGUCUUGUGGGAGCCUUUUAUUGAGCCCUGGAAUUUUGAUAUCAAAUUAUCCCGAAAAUUGAUGCAAAUUCUUUGCUGAACAAUGCUGGGCUCACUGAAGUAAUUGUUGCAUCAUCAAAUCAUCUCAAUUUGAACAUAACAGAAUCUCUUUUUGAGUGCAUUUUCAGGAUAAUUGAGAUGUCGAACACUUUGGAAUUGAUGGAAACAGAUGUCAUUCCUGAUGAUAAGGGAUUGUCAGUUUACUGCACCAAAAGUUUCCAGGACAGAACGAUAUUCCCCAUAUGUACUUCAGAAUUUAACUUCUCUUCCUUUGGGGUACCAAGUUUUCAAGGACAUGAUUCAGAUGUGCUAAAUAUGUCAGCUCCAGUGGCUCAGAACUUUGUGCAACCCGGUUCUUCUGUUCCCAUCUAUAUCGAUAAUAGUGACACACUACUUAUUCCUGAUAGACGUCGAAGUCAAUUUGGUUGUUUCAGCAGUGAAUCUGGUGAUUGCCAUACAUCAUUAUAUGAAAGUGAUAAUGUUGAGAAAGCAAGUAAAUCUGGUUCUGGAAGCAGCUUUGUUGUUCCUGUUGUGUACGAGGUUUCAUUGCAGCAGCAGAGCAAGUUGAUACGAGUAUACUCUACUGUUAUAAUUUUGAACUCCACAUCCAUGCCAUUGGAACUUCGCUUUGAUAUUCCGUUUGGCAUCUCCCCAAAGAUCCUAGAUCCUAUUUUUCCUGGUCAAGAAUUUCCACUGCCUCUACACUUGGCCAAAUCUGGCCGGCUUCGGUGGCGUCCCCUCGGAGAUUCUUAUUUGUGGAGUGAAGCUCAUAGCAUCUCCAAAGUUCUUUCUCAAGAUAGCAGGAUAGGAUUUCGCCGAUCUUUUGCUUAUGGAAAUUUUGGUCAGCAGUUGCACGAUCUUGACCAAUCAAGAGAGCGAUUCAUUCAUCAAGUAACUUUAAGCACUCCAUUUGUUGUGAGGCAACUGUCUUCCAGAACCAAUAUCACUUCUAUCGAAAGUGGUGGCAUCACUCAGACUGCAUCCCUUCCUGAGUCAACUCGCCAAGUCCCUUUUGCAGCAUAUCCAAAAGACUCACCAAUUGUUCGCAAGAGGAGUCUUUCUUCAAAAAGUUUAAGAGAGGUGUGCUUCCAAGGUAAUGAGUCUGGCAAAGUAAAGGCAUGCAUUUAUUCACCUUGCCCUAUUUCCAGGGCCAGUGACACCAUGAUCCGAGUCAAAAGGGACCUGCCAGAGUGGGAUAAUUCAAGUAGCCCAUACCCCCUGUGGUCUGCUCCAUUUCCUCUUGUUCCACCCAGUGGUUCUACCAAUGUAAUUGUCCCACAACCAUCGCCUGGUGAAUCAGCUUUAUUAUCUGUUACGUGUUCUAUUCUUGGUGGUGCAUUAGCAGGGAGAACGCAAGCAAUUACUUUCCAACCUAGAUAUGUCAUCUGUAAUUCAUGCAGCCAUAACUUGUGUUACAAGCAGAAGGGAACCAAUUUAGUUUCUCAUCUGGCUGUUGGACAGCAUUGUCAGCUUCAAUGGACAGAUACUGCGAGGGAGUUACUAGUUUCAAUCCGUUUAAAUGAGCCUGGAUGGCAAUGGUCAGGCAGCUUCUUGCCAGAUCAUUUAGGGGAUACUCAACUGAAGAUUUGGAACUAUGUUAAUAAAGCUUUCAACAUGGUGCGGGUGGAAGUUCAGAAUGCCAAUAUGUCAAGCGGAGAUGAAAAGAUUGUAGGGAGUGUUCAUGGACAUGUCGGGACAAACUUUAUUCUAUUAUCAGAUGACGACAUGGGUUAUAUGCCUUACAGGAUUGAUAAUUUCUCGAAUGAGAGACUGAGGGUUUAUCAACAAAAAUGUGAAACUUUUGAUACCAUAGUUCAUCCUUACACAUCUUGCCCUUAUGCUUGGGAUGAACCCUGUUAUCCACAUCGUUUGACCAUUGAGGUGCCUGGAGAUCGUGUCAUAGGCUCUUAUGCAUUUGAGAUAACAAAACAACCUAUUGCAGUGCACUUGCGCUCCACCUCUGAGAAACCUGAAAGGACGCUGUUGCUAUCUAUCUGUGCUGAAGGAGCUACAAAGGUAUAAUUUCUCUGAUACCAAUAUCUUUAACUAAGCUAACUUUCUGAGGACAACUACUUCUCUCUCUGUUGCUGA